CUGCAUGCGGUGGGUAAAGGAAUCACCACGGAGCACUGGGCAUCCACAAUGUUGCUCCGUGUUCCACCAGACACGCUGGGGCCGAUGCAAGCCAGCAGCAGAGAAGCCCAAGAGACCCAGCAAAAGAAGAACCUUGAGAGCUUCAGCACGUGGGUUCCUCUGAUGGGUUUCUGGAUUCAUGACCUUUGGUGCCAUCGCCAUGGCGGAGAAGUUGACACGCACGAGUCAGGACGUUCCCCGUCAUCCGUUACUGUUACCGUUGUCGUUCCCGAUAUCCUCACAUCGAGACGAACACGUUUUUGCUUUAAAGUGCCGCCAAACAGAGACACAGUCGAUAAAGAAAGCCCGUACGGAUGCCUAAGUGUAAUGGUUAAAGGUAUAGUCUACGUAAUACCGGCCUAA